UUGAGGUCAGGCCAGGGGCAUGGUUGGCCGGCUUGAUGGCGCGCUCGCUAGUCUCAAGGAAGAAAAAAGAGAUGCUGUUUGGGUCGCCUGCACUGACUUCUCUAUUGCUAUAGUUUCUUUAAUGCUUUACUUGCUUAUUUUCCACUUGUCCAAUUUUAUUCAAAUUUUUUUCUUCUUCCUAUAUAAACUCUCAUUCUCUUUCUCCUCUUUGCCUUCUUCACAGGGAGAUUACAUCAUUCCCCCUAUAGUUUUAUUCUGAAUUAGUACAGCUGGUAAAUAUGGCAAGUGGGUUCUCUGCAGAAGAUAAAUUAUUGGAAGGAGGACGUUUAAGCGAUCGGGAAGAAGAAGAAGAAGAAGAAGAAGCAUUAUCCCUCUCUGAUUUACCACUCAAUUUGAUCAACAUUCAAGAUAACCGUGUUGAUCAAAACCAGUCCCGCGACGAACCGAGGUGUCAAGUGAAAGAUCCCGAAGAUCAAGAGUUCAAUUUCGGGUCAUGGGGUGGGUCUCUUUCAACAGAAUCAGAAAUGUGCGCAGCCGAUGACGUGUUUUUCAAAGGUCAAAUUUUACCAUUACGUUUCUCAGUGAGUUCAGAGAGCGGGUUAACCAGGUUAACUCAGCAUGACUCGAGCCGCAACUCAGCCACAUCAUGCCUAUCAAGGUCCGAGUCCAUGGACCACUUGAGCUCAGUAGAUAGAUUAACAAGCAUUAACAGUAGCACAAGCAGCAGCAGUAGAAGCCAUAACUCAUCAACCACCACCACCUCCGCCACCACAACCACCAAAAAUUCAAACCCUAGAAUCAUUAGAAACCAGUUUCACACCUAUCCAAGCCCCAAGCCCCAAAUUAGAGUCUCCACUUCACAAUUACGCCGCAACACCAGCGGUAACCGGACCCAAAAAUCGACAGUUUGGAAAUUCUUUCGGGUCGGGUUGGUUCGAACCCCAGAUAUCGAAUUGCAAGAUGUAAAGGUUCGGCAUAAAAGUUGUGUUAGUCGAAACAGUAGCAGUGGCAGUAGCAGUAGCAGCAUCAAGAAUUAUAGCAAACAAGAUUUGAAGAUUAUGGGGAAGAAGCAUAAGAAGAAACAGAAUUUGUUGGAUAAGAAAAUGGGUUUGUUUAGUGGGUGUAAAUGUUCAAUUACAGCAGUUGAAACGGUUCCACUGAACAAUAUUGUGCUCAUAAAAAGUGAGGGUGAAGUAAGCAGGAUUAACAAUGGUGGAAGCAGUAGUGGGAAGGAAAAGAAACUGCACGAGUUGAAGAUAAAGCAGAAAAUGAAAGAAAAGCAACAAGGAAAGCAAGCUAUGUCACGUCAUCGAACGUUUGAAUGGUUAAAGGAGCUUUCACAUGCAAGCUAUGUUGAUGGAGAAAAACUUGAUUAGCAGACGCAUGCUUCUUUUUCCUUCUUCUCAUCAUUGUAUUGUUGUCUCUUUUGAAUUUACUAUUAUUUUUUUAUUGUAAUUUUUCUGUAUUUUAAAUUAAAUGAAGUUGUUCUUAGCAA